CCGCCAUUUUAACUUCCUGCUUAUGAGGAAGAAGAAGCGUCUGCGCAGUAGUUUUUAAAAUUAACUCGAAACGCCGUUGUAUCGAUUCCUUUAAUACAGGGGUGUAUCUUGUUUAUUUGUCUUAUUUUAAUGAAAAUAGCGACGUCUUGUUAGUUUCUGACAGCUUGUAUCGGUUAGUUUCAGCCGGAAAGUCGCAAUGCCGAGCCACCCGCUGCGUGUAGCGGUUGUGUGCUCGAGCAACCAGAACCGCAGUAUGGAAGCGCACAAUAUCCUCAGCAAACGUGGAUUUGAUGUGCGAUCAUUUGGGACAGGGUCUCAUGUGAAGUUACCUGGUCCUGCCCCGGAUAAGCCUAAUGUGUAUGACUUCAAAACAACUUAUGAACAGAUGUACAACGACUUGGUCCGCAAGGACAAGGAACUAUACACACAGAAUGGCAUCCUGCACAUGCUGGACCGAAACAAGCGCAUCAAAUCAAAGCCAGAGCGCUUUCAGCAAUGUAAGGAGAAGUUUGACCUGGUCAUCACCUGUGAAGAGAGAGUCUAUGACCAAGUGCUGGAGGAUCUGAAUUCAAGAGAGCAGGAAACUCUACAGCCAGUGCAUGUAAUCAAUGUAGACAUUCAGGACAACCAUGAGGAAGCCACGCUGGGUGCCUUUCUCAUCUGUGAGCUUUGUCAAUGUAUCCAACACACUGACGACAUGGAGAAUGAAAUAGAUGAACUUCUACAAGAGUUUGAGGAAAAAAGCAACAGACCUUUUCUUCACACUGUCUGUUUCUACUGAUACAUAAUAGAAAUUUGCAAUAUA